AUGAUAUCUGCCGAGCACGCAAAAUUUUUCACUCACGACUGGAGCAUUACGAUCCCAGGGCGUCCGUCAGUCAGAUACUCCCAUAUGUCACUGUCAUGCCUGGAUGAGUGGCUGGCCAUGUACACAAACCCCGCCAACCGGCCACAUGACAAGGUCUUGCGAUCAAAAGUAUGGAACGAGGCGGAGAUGAAGGAGUUGAGAGCGACCACCAUCGAAAAACACACCACCGCGCAGACCAAGUUUGAUGGGCUCAAUAUUAUGGUCAUGGUCGAUGGGCAGCUCGUGGGUGGUGGGAAUUACACUCUAUUGUCGACGGGCGAGGUGAACAUAGGGCUAUUGUUCGACGAGAGCGCGCGAGGCAAAGGGCUAGGCAAGCUGACGAUGCAAGUGCUCAUACAACUAGGGCGGCGUAUGGGCAUACAGCGUCUAGAGGCGGGCACGAUGAAAUCGAACCAGGCGAUGCAGGCGCUCAUGGCCAGUUUGAAUAUUCCCGGCCGGGACGAGAUCAAGGAGAUUCCUAUACGCGGUGUCGUGGCGGAGAUUCUGUGGGACAUACCCGAGACUGCCGACUGGGAAAUUGAUCUACAGCUGGAGUUUGGUGGCCCAUUGGCUGAGAAAGCGUGA